UAGACUCACGUACGGUUUAUCUAUGCGUUUUCUCGACCGCGAGCACUUUUCCCCACACUUCUUCUCGGAGAAGCGCCAAGGCACGGUCACCGGGGCUGUGGCGACGCUUCUGGGAACUCUUCUCGGAGGAGGUGUCCUUUCGCUCCCGUUCGCCUUGAGGAGGAGCGGGGUCGUCUUCGGCGCCAUUCUGCUCUUGCUCACGGCUUUCGCUACCGACUUCACCGUCUUCACGUUGGUGUCUUGCUCACGGAGAUCAGGAGGCUCGUCCUACGAAUCAGUUGCAGAUGUCGCAUUCGGCAGACGCGCCAAGCUCCUGUGCAUGGCACUGGUGGUCUGCGUGACAUACCUGCCGUUAGUCGGCUACACGAUUCUUCUGCGAGAUUUGCUGGCUCCUCUUGCGGAGGUCGCUUUGAACAGGACGCUGGGCAGCCCGGCGCGAAACCUGUUGGUGUCAGCUCUGGUCGUGCUGAUUUAUCCGGCGUGCACCCUUCGCACCCUGACAGCACUGCGGCACCUGUCGUUCCUCAGCGUCCUCGCGGUCUCACUGCUCACAGUCUUCAUCGGGCUUCGUGCGGGAGAGUGCGCGGCUUCCGUGGGCGUGCCUGCCAGCGCGGUGAACCUUUGGCCGGAGGAUGGCUGGAGCGGGGCCCUCCAGGCGAUCCCUAUCUACAUCUGCGCGUUCGGGUGCCACUUCAACGUCCUGCCCGUGCACGGCGAGCUUGCCAAGCCCACAAGGGAGCGACUGCACCGCUUGGUGCACUGGACGAUCGGGCUUGUGACGGCGUUCUACGCUCUGGUAAUGACGCUGGGGUACACAUACGGCGUGUGCACGGGCGGCGUGAGCGACAACAUCCUCAACAACUUCAGCACCGACGACACGCUCAUGAACGUCGGGCGGGUGGGACUAGCGGUAACCCUGCUCGUCAGCUUCCCUCUUCUCACCGUGCCGCUCAUAGGCACGCUCGUGCGGGCACAGCGGGAGUUGAUCGCUGUCGACACUCGGGGCAAAGCCCCCCUCCUCAACCUGGAAACCCCCGGCGUAACCUCCGUGUGGCCCCCGCCGCGAAGCGGGAGGGUUGGAGACCCGACGGAACUGGAGGCACCGUUACUCAACCCAUCCACGCUUCCUGACGACCUGGACACGGCAUCAGAUGAUUGUUUCCUAGACGAUGCCGGCAUUCUGGGCUCGAUGAACAGCGGGCCAGAGCUGACGGCAGCUGCCGGGAGGCAGGCGGACAUGGAGGAAGAUAUUCCGUACAAGACGAGGGCGUGGCUCACGCUGGCGAUUUUGAGCUCGGAGCUCGUGCUGGCCUUCAACAUUACGAUGGUGACGGACGUCUGGGGAUUCUUGGGCAGCACGGCAAACGUCAUGGUGGCCUUCACCCUGCCGUGUGCGGCCUACCUCAAGAUAAGGCUGCACCUGCCUCGCAGGAGAGAGAAGCAGGCGGGCCCGCUGUACAAGAAGUGGGUGGCGGGCGUGCUGGUGACCUUGUCUGUCCUAGCAGCGGUAGUGUGCACGGCGAACAACUUUUACCUCCUUUCUGCGAGAAAGCAGGCGGGGGGGGCGCCUUGAAGUUGCACCAGCGACGAUUGGUGUGCGCCCCGGGGACUCUCUUAGGCAGUCUAGAGACGGGGGAAGACCCCGAGGUGCUGUAAGUACUCACGGUGCCAGAGCACAAUGGUAAGCUAAGGAAUGGCAUGUACAAAAUAUAAAUCUAGGUUCUGAAGAGGUGGUUUAAUAACGUAGGGGAUGGGAGUGUGAGGGAUGGGAUACGACUGAGGGCAGGAAUUG